AUGGGUCGGCAACAGCGUGAUAGAGGAACAGAACAGACAAACAAGGUCAACAUCACUGCAGCACCUGGAACGGUGGCGGCUGCUGUGCGCACGGUUCUCUCGAACAAUUCCACCGCCCCGUUCCUGCGCGGCCGCGGCGACCGCACGGCCUUCGAGCAGCUACGCAGCAAGCUGCAGAUCGUGGGGCUGGGCAGGGUGCAAACCAACCUGGAGAUCGUCGCGCAGGGCGACGCAGCCCUGCAGAUGUCGGAGCUGGCGCUGGACGUGUUCCUCUUCACGCCCAACUUCACGCGCGACGGCCAGAUGGUGCUCCACAAGGUGGCGGAGCGCGUGCUCAGCCCCGGCCACAUGGGGCUGUUGGUGGCGCUGGACUCGCCCAUUUACGACCUGGUGAACGCGUUCGCGCUGCGCUGCGUGGAGGCCGGGCUGCCGGCGCACUGCGCUGGCGUGGGCGGCGGAGGUGCUCUGGCGGUGCAGGGACUGCGCGCACAGCGGCGGCGGCUGCCGUCGGUGGCGGCCGAGCAGACGGGCGGCGAGGCGAAACAACGGCCGUGGGCGCUUUGCGUGGAGCUACUAGCUGGGCCCCUGUUGUGCUUGGGCGCGGCAGUGCUGGCGUGGAUGGCGGAGAUGCUGUGGGGGUGGAGUAAGGAAAAUUACUUGGAAACUGAAGAAAUUUGGCAUAAGAUUAAAUAA